CACCAAGCCCUUCGAGCGAUAUUGUACCGUGACAAUGCCCACAAUCCCGGACAAGUCGAUCAGGAUAUGCGCGGACAGAGGAGGCACCUUCUGUGAUGUGCACGCCUCGUUCCCCGAUCCGGAGAAGCCGGACGAGCGCAAGGAGAUCGUCGUAAAGCUCCUCUCGCAGGAUCCUGCCAACUACAACGAUGCACCAACGGAGGGCAUCCGGCGCGUACUGGAGAUCGCGACAGGCGAGAAGAUCCCGCGGGGGACCACGCUCAAUACCGACAAGAUCGAGUACAUCAGGCUGUCGACGACGGUCGCGACGAACGCACUCCUUGAGCGCAAGGGCCACAAGCACGCGCUGUUGAUCACCCGCGGUUUCCGGGACCUCCUGCUCAUUGGGAACCAAUCGCGCCCGAAGAUCUUCGACCUGAACAUCCGCCGCCCGCCACCACUCUACUCCGCUGUGCUCGAGGUCGACGAGCGGGUCACGCUCGUGGGCUACACGUCCGAUCCCAAGGCGGAGGAGCAUGCGGUCCAGUUCGACGAGAACGGGCAGGUGAAGAGAGGCUACCGGGGCGCGGGGUGGGAUGGGAAAGGCGAUGCGGAGGGUCCGGGCGAGAUCGUGCAGGGCUUGUCAGGCGAGGCAGUUAGGGUGAUGCGUAGACCAGACAUCGAGGGUGUGCGAGCGGAUCUACAGAAGCUCUACGAUGACGGCUACCGCUCCAUCGCGAUCGUCUUCUGCCACUCCUACACGUACCCCGAGCACGAACUGCAGGUCGCCGCGCUUGCGCGCACGCUCGGCUUCGCCCACGUCUCCGCGUCCUCGCAGCUGCUGCCUAUGAUCAAGAUGGUCCCGCGCGGCGUGUCCUCGACCGCGGACGCGUACCUCACGCCCGUCCUGCGGCAGUACCUCGACGGCUUCUUCACCGGGUUCGACGCGAAGCUGCGCGACGGGAAGGUGCGGAGCCCGCGCGUGGAGUUCAUGGGCAGCGACGGCGGCCUGCUCGACCUGAACAACUUCUCCGGGCUGAAGAGCAUUCUGAGCGGUCCUGCUGGGGGCGUUGUCGGUUAUGCGCUCACUAGCUGGGACGAGAAGAAGAAGACGCCGGUCAUUGGCAUCGACGUUGGCGGCACUUCGACGGACGUCUCGCGCUUUGCGGGUCGUUACGAGGUUGUGUACGAGACAACGACAGCGGGGGUCACUAUCCAGUCACCACAGCUGGACAUCAACACCGUCGCUGCUGGAGGAGGCUCAUGUCUGACGUUCCGGAACGGGCUAUUCCUCGCUGGACCGCACAGCGCGGGUGCAGAGCCAGGACCUGCGUGUUAUAGGAAGGGAGGACCGUUGGCCGUGACGGACGCUAAUCUCAUCCUAGGCCGCCUAGUGCCCGACUACUUCCCCAAGAUCUUUGGCAAGUCUGAGGAAGAGCCCCUCGACGUUGAGGCGUCGCGCUCCGCCUUCGAUCAACUCGUGCAGGAGAUCAACGCCUCCGUCAGCGAAGAGAAGAAGAUGGGUCUGGACGAGAUCGUUUACGGGUUCAUCAAGGUUGCAAACGAGACGAUGUGCAGGCCUAUCCGCGCCCUGACCGAGGCUCGUGGAUACGCGACGUCUAGGCAUAUCCUCGCGAGCUUCGGUGGUGCCGGUGGCCAACAUGCAUGCGAGAUCGCCCAGCUGCUCGGCAUCAAGACGAUCCUCAUUCACCACUACAGUUCGAUUCUGUCCGCAUACGGCCUCGCUCUCGCUGACCGGGCGUUCGAGCUGCAGGAGCCCUCGUCGACAUUCUACACGCCCGACAACCGUGCGGUCCUCCGUGCGCGCUUGGACAAGCUCGACGCGCAAGUGCGCGAGGAGCUCUCCCGGCAAGGCUUCGAGGGGGCACGCGUGCACACCGAGCGCAUGCUCAACAUGCGCUUCGAGGGUACGGACACGGCGUUGAUGGUGCUACCCACACCCGCGGACGGCGAUGGCGCGGAAGACUUCGCCGCGGCGUUCCGGCGCGUGUACAAGGCCGAGUUCGGGUUCCUGCUCGAGAGCAAGGCGGUGAUCGUCGACGACGUGAAGGUGCGCGGGAUCGGGAAGACGUUCGACACGCUCGGGGAGUCCGUGUUCGACGAGGUCGCGCACAUCGAGACGCGCGCGGUCGACCCCGCGAAGGCCGAUGGGGCGUACAGCGUGUACUUCGACGGGGUCGGGCGCGUGAAGGAUACUCCGGUGUACUUGCUCGAGUCGCUCAGUGCUGGGGACACGGUGAAGGGCCCUGCGAUGAUCAUCGACAACACGCAGACGAUUGUGAUCAUCCCUGGGGCGACGGCCGUGCUGACGAGCAAACACCUCUACAUCACCUUGGAGUGAAUGCGGAAAUGAAAGGAAGCGGACGGUAGCACGGCAGGCAAGGUGCGGAAGCCCUUAGGUGCUAUAGUCGGGGUAUAACCUGACCAAAAGGCUGAAAAGGAUGUGAUAGCCUGAAAAAAGGCCGGAAAGGAUGCGAUAGUUUAACGCCGGUUUUGGCUAUCGCAUGGCUGUAGUGGCAUGUCGGUUUUGACCUUUGUCUGCCGUGUAGGAGAAGAUGUAGAACGAUGUAACUGUGUACGAUGCAUGUACUAUUGGAAAGGAUGUGCUGGGAUCAACCGGGGCUAUCACGCUGGUGGACUGAG